UACAGUUGUUCGUGGAGUGCGUGCGUUUGAUGGGUUACCUUUUAUGGUGAUUUGAGGAACAAGAAAACAUUGGUCAAACUUGUGAUGUUUUAAUAGCAGAUUGAAAGAGGGCCUUCUGAAAAAAAAAUGCGUGGCAGCUUAGGAUGGACCAUAACACUAGCGAUUGUUCUAUCGUUAGUAAAGGCAAAUUAUCCGCCUCCGGAAAGACUGACUGGAAUGAAUCCUUGCAUCAGCAAGCAAACAUGCCAUGAAUGUAUACAGACACCACAUUGUGCUUGGUGUGCUGCACCUAAAUUCUCUGAAAAACGGUGCUUUUUACCAAAUAUAAAUACUAAAAUAUUUGCAACAUGUCCAGCAGAAUAUACAUGGAAUCCAGACAAUGUUUUCAGUAUGACAACACAUCGCAAUUUAACAAAAGGUGGUUAUACCAGUGGUGCUGCGAGUAGUUAUGAGUAUUCAUACACAAAUUCUAGCUCAUUUAGCUCUAGUUCACAAUCGAACAGAGAAAGUAGUAGUAGCAGUAGCAGCAGUGGUAGAAGGCAAGAAGCUGUGCAGAUUUGGCCCCAAGAAGUUAACUUAAAACUUAGGAUAAAUGAAGCAUACAGAAUGAAUUUUGCUUAUUCACAAGCAGAAGACUACCCUGUUGAUCUGUAUUACCUUAUGGAUCUGAGUAAAUCUAUGGAAGAUGAUAAAAAGAAAUUGUCAGAUUUAGGCCAACUUUUAGUAGAAAGUAUGAGUAAAAUUACAAGUAACUUCCGAUUGGGCUUUGGCAGUUUUGUUGAUAAAGUUGUAAUGCCUUAUGUUAAUACAAUGCCAAAGUCGCUGAUAGAACCAUGCGAUGGAUGUGCAGCACCAUAUGGUUAUAAAAACAUUAUGACAUUGUCUCAAGACACUAGUCACUUUGCAAGCCUAGUACGCAAUGCUUCAGUGUCUGGAAAUUUGGAUGCGCCAGAAGGAGGGUUUGAUGCAAUUAUGCAAGCUAUUGUUUGCAGAAGACAAAUUGGUUGGCGUGAAAAGGCUCGUCGACUCUUGGUAUUUUCUACAGAUGCUGGGUUUCAUUAUGCAGGAGAUGGAAAAUUAGGUGGAAUUGUAAAGCCAAACGAUGGUGACUGUCACUUAGAUCGCACUGGACUCUACACUCACUCGUCUUUACAAGAUUAUCCAAGUAUUUCUCAAAUUAAUUUAAAAGUCAAGCAGAAUGCCAUUAACAUUAUAUGGGCUGUUACUGAAGAACAGAUAAAUGUAUACAAAAGAUUGACUAAACACGUGGAAGGAUCUUUUGCUGGUAAAUUGUCGGAAGAUUCGAGCAAUGUUGUAGAAUUAAUUCGGGAACAGUACGAUGCGAUCUCGAGUUCUGUAGAAAUGAAAGACACGGCUAGCAGUGCCGUGAAAGUAAAAUAUUUCUCGAGGUGUUUGGGUACAGGACCGCUCAUUGAGACUUCAAAAUGUGACGGAUUAAAAGUUGGAACACAGGUCGAAUUUAUUGCGGAAGUUGAAGUCACAAGUUGUCCGGAGAAUCGAACAGAAUGGAAACAGAAAUUCGAUAUUUAUCCAGUUGGUAUCAAUGAAACUCUUACAGUAAAUUUGGAAAUGUUAUGCGACUGCGAGUGCGAACGGGAAGGACUUAUGUAUGAACCAAAAUCAUCAGAAUGUAAUGGUGUAGGAACCUUAAAAUGUGGCGUUUGUGAAUGUUACGAUGGUUUCUUUGGGAAACGCUGUGAAUGCAGUCCCCAUCAAGAAAUGACUGGAUUUGAUAAACAUUUUCAGUCUUGUAGACCCGAUAAUACCUCUCUAGUAGAUUGUUCUGGAAGAGGAACAUGUGCUUGUGGUCAAUGCGAGUGUGAAGAAAGAGAAAAUCCUGAAGAAAUAAUAUCGAGUCAUUUCUGCGAGUGCGAUAAUUUCUCGUGUGAUCGCGAUCAAGGUUUUUUGUGCUCGAAUCAUGGUACUUGCGAAUGUGGACACUGUGUCUGCAACGCCGGAUGGACUGGACCAUCUUGUAAUUGCAGGUCCUCUAACGAAACUUGUAUUGCGCCAGGAACUACAAAUGGAAUAUUAUGCUCGGGACAUGGAGAUUGUGAAUGUGGUGAAUGUAUCUGUCAUGAAGAAGGAAACAUGCGAUAUUCGGGUAAACAUUGCAAUAAGUGUCCAACCUGUCCGAGUCGCUGUGAAGAGUUGAAAAACUGUGUCUUGUGUCAAAUGUAUGGUACUGGAAACUUUAGUGAUAAAGAAGAAUGCGCUAAAAACUGUAGAGAGUUUGUUCCUGAACCAGUUGAAACAGUUAUACCGGAUGUUGAUAAAGACGAAGAGUUGUGCUUCGGAAUAGACGAGGACGACUGUAAAUACAAUUUCGUUUAUUAUUACAACGAAACAAAUUGUUUGCAAGUCAGAGCACAAAAAGAAAGGGAAUGUCCGCCACAAGUUUACAUGCUGGGGAUAGUACUAGGCGUGAUAGCGGCAAUUGUUUUAAUUGGACUAGCACUGUUACUGUUGUGGAAAUUAUUAACAACUAUACACGACAGAAGAGAGUUUGCAAGGUUUGAAAAGGAGAGGAUGAUGGCCAAAUGGGAUACGGGAGAAAAUCCAAUUUAUAAACAAGCCACAUCAACGUUCAAAAAUCCAACAUACGCUGGAAAAUGAGACGAAUGAUUUGUAUUCGGAUUUUCUGAAUAUGUGAGAAACCAUUACAAUGCAGUGAAUUCUGUUUUUUAUAUAAAUUUUAAACUGGUUAAUAUUUAAACGGCGAACAAGAAACUUUAUUACAGAGCGAAGGAAGCUUUAGCCGU